UUACAGCUUUGUUUAAAAAAUAUUCUCAGCUUCUUGAAGAGAAAGCACUCAUAAAAGAACUGAAUUACACCAAACUAGAGUGUAGAAAACAGCAUUCAUUCUUGAAAGACAAAGUCUGGAACUGUUGCCCAAAGGACUGGAAGCCAUUUAGUACCCACUGCUACUUCACUGCAACCGACUCAGCAUCUUGGAGUGAGAGUGAGGAGAAGUGCUCCAGCAUGGGUGCUCAUCUGAUGGUGAUCCACAGCCAGGAAGAGCAGGAUUUCAUCACCAAGAUCCUGGAUCCUAAAGCUGCUUAUUAUAUUGGCCUUUCGGAUCCAGGUCAUCGACAGUGGCGCUGGGUUGAUCAGACACCAUACAAUGAAAGUGCCACGUUCUGGCACCCAGGUGAGCCCAGCAGUGACAAUGAACAAUGUGUUAUAAUAAAUCAUCCAUAUUCUGGUUGGGGCUGGGCUGACAGCCUUUGCAGUGGUAAACAGAAGUCAGUUUGUCAGAUGAAGAAAAUAUGUGUAUGAAUCGAGCAUUGUCCAUGGACAUGGGAUUGCAUUUUUAUCCAGCACUACAUGGAUACCUGGAAAGAUCUUCUUGUGGAAGAAAAGUCCAUAGAUAUUUGGGUAGGCAACCAACAGUUAUCCAUAUGAUAAUACUGGUCCCCAUAUAUACUUAUCAAUUCAUCCUUUACUCUUCAUGUAAUGAAAAUUUCCCAUAUUCUAGAGACGCUACAGGACCAUAUGUGCAUAUGUGGAAGCACUCCAGCUUCUCUGCCCACUCCUAGAUUCCUACAGUCUUAUUUGAUGAUAGAAUUGUAUGGUGUGGACCCUCUAGACAUUUCCCCCUCUCUUUGUUCCUCUGUCUUUGGAUUUAUUGAUGUAUACUUGACAAAUAAAUAAUGUAUA